CAAUAUGACACGCCAAGCCCACACGAAUGGAUCCCUGGUGGUCAUAACGACUUCCGCGGGCCCUGCCCCAUGCUCAAUUCCCUGACAAACCACGGCUUCCUCCCCCGUGAUGGCCGUAACUUCACCAAAACCAACGUCGUGAAAGGCCUCGGCGACGGCCUGAACUUCGACGCCACCCUCGCAGGCAUAAUGUGGGAGCAAGCCAUCAUCGCCAACCCCGAGCCAAACGCGACUUUCUUCACACUCGAGCAGCUGAACGUGCAUAACCUGCUCGAACACGAUGCCAGUCUAUCUCGUACUGAUGCGGCAUUUGGAAACAACCAUGUCUUCAAUCAGACGAUUUUUGAUACGAGUAAGGCGUGGUGGACGGAUGAGACGGUUACCGCGAAACAGUUGGCGCAUAGCAAGAUCUUUAGGCAGUUGGUGAGCAGAGCGGAGAAUGAGAACUACACGUUCACUGCGUCGACGGAGGAGUUUAGUUUGGGGGAGGUUGCGGCGCCAAUCAUUGCGUUUGGAGAUACCAAUAUUGGUACGGUACCGAGGGACUUAGUUGUGUACUUCUUUGAGCUGGGUUGGUCAAAGAAGAACAUGUCGAUCACACUGGAGACUAUCCUGGGCACAACGGCUAUAAUCCGUAAUGCUACAGGUCUAUUGGCUGGU